GAGCUAUGUAUGAUGCGUUGCGCUAAAGCGAGAUAGAGCUAAUAUCAUGGCCGCAUAGCACGCCAUAAACGUUUUGUCUAUGCCGCGCCAGUCAGUCAUUGAACCAUUUAUGAACGAACGACAGCUAGAAUCUCAGAGGCCCCGCCUAUAAAUCUGUUAUUUUAUUUCAGUUAGUUUUACCGCGAUGAUAUUAUUAUAAAGCAGGAAAUUAGAUAUACAAGAGUGAAGACUGCACCAUGGGCACGACGAUGAAGCUGCUAUGUUUUUUGGCGAUCGCGGCGCACUGUUCGGCGCUAUUGACGUCGCCGCCGCGGAUAGUGAAACAGCCCACAAUGGAGGAGCAGCUGUUCAUGGUGGCGCAGCCCGGCGAGGCCGAUAAGCCCUUCAUCAUUGAGUGCGAGGCCGAGGGCGAGCCCGCGCCACAGUACAGAUGGGUGAAAAACGGUAAACCCUUCGAAUAUGCCAGUUAUGCCGACCGAAUGUCGCAACAGCCCGGCCGGGGCUCUCUAGUCGUCAGCAAGCCCAAAGACGAGGACAUGGGCCAGUACCAGUGCUUCGCCUACAACGAGUGGGGCACGGCCACAUCCAACUCGGUCUUCGUACGGAAAGCCGAGCUGAAUUCGUUUAAGGAUACCGGCGACGGCGCACAGAAACUGCUCACCGCCCAAGAAGGCCGCCCGUUCAAAUUGACCUGCCACCCGCCUGACGGCUGGCCCAAACCCAACGUCUACUGGAUGUUGCAAGGCGACCAGGGCCAGCUGAAGACCAUCAAUAAUUCUCGAAUGACUCUCGAUCCCGAGGGCAAUCUCUGGUUUUCGAAUGUGACGCGCUAUGACGCUAGCGAGGACACGAACUUAGCUUACACCUGCGCUGCCAAAUCCUUGUUCAGAAACGAGUACAAGCUUGGCAACAAGGUGUUUCUGAAAGUGAAGCAGACUGGCGGGAUAUCGCCGACGCAGAACAAGUACCCGCCUGAAGAGCAGUACACCACGAGGAGAAACGAAGUCGCGCUGAGAGGGAAAAAGGCGGAGAUCUAUUGUAUAUAUGGCGGAACACCGCUCCCUCAAAUCGUGUGGAAGAAGGACGGUCAGAACAUCUUAUCAUCCAGUCGCGUGACUCAGGACAACUACGGCAAGACGCUGGUGAUCAACCCCGUGACCAAUGGCGACAAGGGCACAUACACCUGUGAAGUCAGCAAUGGCGUCGGCUCCGCGCAGUCGCACUCCGUCAACCUCAACAUUAAAGCCGCCCCAUACUUUACCGUAGCCCCGGAAUCCCUAAACCUGGCCGAGAACGAAACCGCCGUGAUCAGAUGCAAGGCCGACGGAUCCCCCGAUCCGCAGAUCAAGUGGGUGUACAACGGCGAGCCCAUAGAGCGCGCGCCGCCAAACCCGCGCCGCACGGUCGCUGCCGACUCCAUCACCAUCACGGGCCUUACCAAGAAGGACACCGGCAACUACGGCUGCAACGCUACCAACUCCAUCGGCUACGUGUACAAGGAUGUCUACAUUAAUGUCCAAUCGAUCCCGCCGGAGAUCAGAGAAGGUCCCGAGAACGUGACUAAAGUGGACGGGUCCGAGGUGGUGAUGCGAUGCCGAGUGUUCGGCGCGCCGCGGCCCAUCGUCAAGUGGAUGCGCAACGACGUCGAGCUCACCGGGGGCAACUUCAACAUCACAACGAUGGGCGACCUGGUGAUUCGCAGAGUAGGGUACAGCGACGCCGGCGUGUACCGCUGUUACGCGCAGAAUAGCUUCGGCGAGAAAUCUGCAUACGGCACACUCGAAGUCAAACAGCGGUCCACCAUCAAGAACGAACCUGAAGACUACGAGGUGGCGGCCGGCUCGCAGGCCACGUUCCGCUGCACGCCGGACACCGACCCCGACCUGCGCACCGACGUCACCUGGGAGUUCAAGGGUCAAACCAUCGACUUCGAAGGCCAACCGCGCUUCAAGAUGACUAACGACUAUUCGCUGCUCAUCUCCGACACCAUCGAGCUGGACUCGGGCCCGUACCAGUGCGUCGUCAAGACUCCCAUCGACGAGGCCCGCGCGGAAGCCACGCUCAUCGUGCAAGAUCGACCCAACCCGCCCGUGCUGGUCGGCAUCGAGUGCCGCGAGAAGGUGGCGCACCUGCACUGGGAGCCCAAGGGCGACAACCGCGCGCCCAUCCUGCGCUACUCCAUCCAGUACAACACCACGUUCACGCCCGCCACGUGGGACUCGGCCAACGACAACGUGCCCGCCAUCGAGACGUCCUGGUCCGUGGAGCUGACGCCGUGGGCCAACUACACGUUCCGCGUGGUGGCGCACAACAAGAUCGGCCCGUCGGCGCCCUCGGGCCACUCGGACGUGUGCAGCACGCAGCCCGACGUGCCCUACAAGAACCCCGACAAGGUGGAGGGCCGCGGCCGCGCGCCUAACAACAUGGUCAUCUUUUGGUCGAAAAUGCCCCAAAUCGAGCACAACGGGCCCGGCUUCUACUACCAGGUGUCGUUCAAACGCAACGACACGGGCGAGGGCUGGACCGACCAGACCGUGCAGGACUGGCGCCAGAGCGAGCUGCUCGUGCCCAACACGCCCACCUUCGUGCCCUAUAAGAUCAAGGUCGUCGCGUGGAACUCGAAGGGAGCGUCGAACGUGGCGCCCGUGGAGGUGAUCGGCUGGUCGGGCGAGGACAAGCCGCUGCUGGCGCCCACCAACUUCACGCUCGUGGAGGUGAUCUCCGGCAACGAGGCGCUGCUCAGCUGGAACCCCGUGCCGCCCGACUCCGUGCGCGGCCACUUCAACGGGUACCGCAUCCAGACCUGGACCGACGGCGAGGAGGACCAAGUGCGCGAGGUCAAGGCCCAAUCGGACGCCACCAAGGUCAUGAUCAACAUCCUCAAGCCGCACAAGAAGAACAACGUCCGCAUCAUGGUGUACAACGGCUUCGACAACGGCCCGCCCAGCGACACGCUCAGCUUCGUCACGCCCGAGGGCAAGCCCGGCCCGGUCCGCUCCUUCAACGCCUACCCCAUCGGCUCCUCCGCCAUGCUGCUCACCUGGGACAAGCCCAUGGAGGAGAACGGCGUGCUCACUGGCUACAAGGUCUACUACGCCAAGACUGUUGGCACGCAGGUGGAGCCGUGGGUGGAGCGCAAGAACGUGAUCGACAGCAAGUUCGACCGCGCCAAGCUGGCCGGGCUGCAGCCGGACACGAAGUAUCGCAUCGAGCUGCGCGCCAUGACGAAGGCCGGCGAGGGCAAGGGCUACUUCGUGGAGCAGGCCACGCGCUCCGACCUGGUGGCCGUGCCCGACGCGCCGCGCUUCGAGGCGCACGUGGUGCCGCCGCCGCCCGAGCCGCUCGCGCAGCACAACCAGUCGCCCGCCGUGCACGUGCUCGUGCGCUGGCAGCCCGAGCUGGAGGGCCACCCCGGCACGCACUUCCAGGCCUCCUACAGAUUGAAAGAUCAUCCACAGUGGGAGCAGUGGCCGAUGGAGAUGGACGACGACUACGUUAUCCUCAAGGGGCUGGAGCCCAACAGGGUAUACGACGUGAAGGUCACCGCCUACGACGGCGACUACUUUACCGACAGCGAGAUCAAACAAGUCGACACCACUAAUGACGGUCCGAUCAUAAUGCUGGACAACAAGUCGGCGCAGGCCGGCUGGUUCAUCGGCGUGAUGCUGGCGCUGGCCUUCCUGCUGCUGGUGCUGGUGCUGGUGUGCGUGGCGCGGCGCAACCGCGGCGGCAAGUACGACGUGCACGACCGCGAGCUCGCCGCCGGCCGCCGCGACCAUCCCGACACCGGCUUCCACGAGUACACGCAUCCACUGGACAACAAGUCGCGGCACUCCAUGAGCAGCGGCAACAAGCCGGGCCCGGAGAGCGACACCGACUCCAUGGCCGAGUAUGGCGAAGGAGAAACUGCGGGCAUGAACGAGGACGGCUCGUUCAUCGGGCAGUACGGCCGCAAGCGCCGCCCGCCUGCAGGUCGCUUCACGGAGGACGGGUCGUUCAUCGGGCAGUACGUGCCGGGCGCGCGCGCGCUGCCGCCCGCGCCGCUGUCGCCGCCCGAGCCCGCGGCGCGCGGCCCGCAGCCGCCCACCUACGUCUAGACACUACGUGUCCCUCGUGCCGGCAUGCAGGGGCCUCCGACCUAUGAUGAUGAUGCAAUUCUGUCUGACGCCCCACCUGCUGAAAUGAAACCGAUAUAAGGAAGAUGCGAUUGUCGCCUGCGAGCGUGCGUCGUAUCUUUGCUUAUCACUACGUGCAGCUAGUCUUAUUUGAUAUUAGCAAAUCUAUUAUUGUACAGUCCCGGACUUUAAUUGUUAAGCCAUUUAGGGUACAAGCUAAUUUGGUAGUCAAUACUAACGGUAUGAAACGUCCAAUGUAAAGUAAACAUUUACCCCCUUAUUCUACUAAAGUUACGAUGUCGCUAAUAAUCGUUUGUCCCUUUCCGACGUAUUGGUAUGAUGGAAAGGGACAAACGAUUAUUAGCGGCAUCGUAACUUUAGUACACAUUUAUGAAUGAGGGGGUUAAAGUCCGUGACAGUAACAGAAUCGACCAAAACGUUUUCGAUUUUGAAAUAAUAGAUUCGCUAGUCUCCUGUAAACUAAGGGAUGUGAAGUACCAAUCUGACGAGGUACACGAGUGUAAGCGUUCUGAUUAAAAAAGAGACGUUAAGACAUGUCUGUUUACCUUUUUUAUUUGGAACGAAAUAUAGAGCCGGAGACGGUGCGAGGUGAACGUGGCAUGUGCAAGCUCCUAGUGCCUUUUAUCUCCUGGACUGUUUUGAAGGGAGGCCGUGACGCUUGCACCGUCUCCAGCCGCGACAACUCUAAUAUCUUUAGACGUAAAUAUCUAUUGGGUGUUAGUGAUUCGUUUCUAAAAAUCAAACUUAACGUUGACUAAGAGCAAUGUUCUCACUACAUAUUGACUAAACUCACACUCGAUAUAGAAUCUCGAUACGAAACUCGAACGCUCUCAUGAAGUAGCCAAUUGACUAUUUUAAGUAUAUUUACGUCGGUGUGACGUGUUUUUUUUCUAAAGCUAUACUGCCACUAAUUGGAUGUAAGCACAAGCUGCGUGAUGUAUGGUUUAACCUCAGGCUUAUAGUGAAUACCACAAUCCUCAUUGAUACAAAUUGCGAAGCUAAAUUAUUCUGAACCCUAAACUUUGUCAAAAACUAUUAAUGUUCCGCCUAAACCUCAUAAUUACCAAUAUUUUUGUCUAUUUCGUUUUAGAACUCCUCAAUAUUCACUCUAAGCCUGAGGCAUUUUAGUUAAAAUUUAUUAGCUCUAGGGCCAAGUUAGUAUAAGCUGAAACUGAUGCCUACUUUGGGCCCGUCGGUGUCAGUAGUGAUGGCUAUUAGCGGGAAUUAGGUUUUUAUGAAGCAGUUUCAUUCCGCCAUCGACAUGCUAUAGUAUUUCGACGUGGACACUUUAAUCUUGAUAUGGUUUGUAAACAAAUCUUUAUUAUACAUUAGGGUUGCCUCAUCAGAUAUGAGUAAUGCUUAGCUUUAGAUGUUGCCAAUUAAUUUUGUAAACUUUACUACUUUCAAGCUAAGCCAACGUGCAGACUUGUCAAUUGAUAUUACUCCUUAAAGUGUCACGUCCCAUCGAUUUAUCGGUAUUCAUUGUGCGUCUGUGAUUCAACAGAUUAGUUUAUUUAUGAGACUGAUUUUAAGUAAUAAACCUUUUUUAUAAUAGUCGUCAUAAUCUGGCACACUUUUAAUAAUCGGCUUGUAGGCGAUGUUUUGGCUCGAUAUCAAUUACAGUGAAUUAGUUAGGUCGCGGGGUGAUAUAGAGAGAAGCUAUUUUUGUCACAGAAAAUAGGGUAAUCGAUAAAAAAUAGCUCUGGGCACCGGUGGUCACUGCUGGCGGGCUUACGGUCUGCGGAAAUGUCUACAGGCUACAGUAUUGUCAAUCAAUGUACAAAAUAGAGAUGCAGACUGCAAGUCCCAUAUUUCCUUGUUGCAUUAUUUUUUAUACCAUAUUCAUGUUCCUUCUAGGUCUAUUUUUAAAAUUGUUCAGGUGCGUAAAAUAAAAUCUAAGAUGGAGAUUAAUCACUUACGCGUCAACCAUCGGUUGAAAAAUCCAAGCGAGUUAAGGAUCUUCCCACACCUGACGUGGAAUCGGCAAUAGCCGAUAGAAAGAAAGCUUUAUGUCUACGUAAUAAGAGCGAAAAAGACGUCGCUGCGUCGUCAGGCGUCGGCCGAGCCUUUAUAUCAUUCUGCUUUUGCCGAUUCCGCGUCGAUAGCUGUGGGCAGACUUUAAAAUAAGGGUAGGAAUAAUCCAGAGGAAUGUAUUGCUCUUAUCAAACCAUAUAUCUAUCCUACUCAGCCGAUAGUUGGUUUGUAAGACGAAGUGUAACGUUUCGGACCACAAAGAUGCAUAUUUUGGGAUUAUACUAUGACAGUUCAGUAGCGUCUCGACAAAAACCUAUUUUCUACUUUCUAACAGAGCUAUCUAUAUACUUCCUUCAUAUUUGUACGGCUAGGCUUGCUGCGUACAGACGUGUUUACCCGUUUAUUUGGAAUAUCUUUGUGUAUGAGCUCUUAUUGCGUUCACUCGCAAAUGCCCGUUACGUAAAAUAUUUCGGGUUCUGAGUGGCUCUGGUUGUGUCAAAAUCCCGGUUGUUAUCGUACAACACGUACCCUUCCUUAUGGUAUUGUAUGAUCAAACCUCAUCAAGAAAACACAAUUGAAGAGAGUAGGUACGAGUUGGGUGAUAUUUGUGUAUCUUUAUAAAAAGUUACAUAAUUUUUGGUUAGUUUUAGAAACAAAAAGGCAGCUUUUUAGUUAUAAUAAGGUAGGUCGUAUGUAUACGCAAUGAUAGUAAUUUCAAACAAAUACGUAAUGGUUAGACACGGAUGUACCGGCUUUUACAUUGCAAUUUGGAAAGGCAAAUUUAUGGAACGUAAUUCUAUGAGUAUAUAAAAUCGCUGGCGCGAGAAAGCAAUACGACGCACUGACUAUUGAUUAACUUGUAUGUUAUAAUUUACAGCAUACCGACAUCACAUGCUUAUAAAAAUAGUAAACUAAAUAAAAUCUGUAAAGCUUCGGUUUUGAUAACUGGCAGGUUAAGCGGUGGUCAGUGAGUCGUUGAUACGGUAAAUGAUAUAUUUUAAUAUGUGUGUAUGUGGAUAAAGUGAGAUAUUUUUGUACGCAAUCAGCUUGGCCACCGGCGGGUGUUGGUACUGUUGGUGCUUCGGUCGAGGCGUCGUGGGUAGCGUAGUCCGGGCGUAGUACACCAGGGCGCACCAGUCAACACCGACGAUGCAAAUCCAUGUUUAUUUACUCGGUUAUAAGGUUGCUAUUUGAAUAUGCAGCACGACCUUCUCAAAAAUCUUAACGUCAAUCUUGUUUUAAACUGUUACGUGUGUAUUUAAAACUUUUGAGUUGGGAUGAUCAAGUCAGGUUUUUACAUUUGGACGGAAUUGCGAUCAUUUAUUCUCGACCGUAAGAUUUAUGAAUACCUUUUCAAACCCGAUCUUGAUGUUGCGUGUUGACUGGUGAGCUGAAUUCCUUUUUUGAAUAAUUCAAAGUUGAUCAUAUACCUGUUCGUGUAACUAGAUGUACAUAUUAUAUCACUAGAGUCGAGUGUCGGAAGACCAAACGUUUUGACACAAGAGAAUCUCUGUAUGUAUUAAGGCUUAUUUGGUAUUUGUUCGCACCACAAGUUAUCCCAAGUUAAUGUUUCUCUGUCCGGUCGCUACGAGUCGAGAGGAGGAAUUUCACGCUCAUGAACGUGAAGUGCAGUAUGAUGCUUCAGACAAUGUCUGUCGUAUUUGCCAGUAAUUCUCUGGUGCAGAAACACCAGGUGGCGUUGGCUGGCUGUCAAUUGUGUCAUGUUGGGCACUAGGCUUCGCUCCGCGCGGCCGGCGCUCGAUUGUAUCGUGUUAGAUGUAAGGCUAGGUCUCGUGUUAACUAAUGUUAGGCAGACAUUGCGUUCGCUUGUCGCAUCUGUACUCUGUCAUAUUUAUUAUUUGCAUUACACUCAAAUAUUAUCGAGCACGCAGCGCGAUACAAUGUCGGACGAGAUGUCGCUAAGCACGACAAUUUGACCGACAUCGUAAUUGCAUAUUUAUUAUUAGUUUAUAUAAUCUGUGUUAUAGUUUCUUCUUCGCCUGAAAGGUGUCGGGUCCUAUGUAAUACAUUCCACGCGGUAAAACCAUGUUGAUUUUCAGAUGUCUCUUUAUUUAUGUUUUCUUGCGGCGGCCGUCAGAUGAGAUCUGUCACGUUUCUAAAACUUAAGACUGUGUCGUGUGCAAUGGAAAACAUCGUAUUAUUAUUUGAUGUAUUUUAUUUAUUUAUUUACCAUCCCUGUAUAGCACGAUGUAACAUGAAUGCAAUCUCGAUCGUUCUCAUUUAGAGCUUACUGUAACUAUUGGUACCUUGAACAUUGCAUUAUAUUUAUAUUUGAAGGCACUGUUAUCAUAACCCCUUUAAGUUGUUUGUUAAGAAGUCUUUAUCAUGUCUAUUGUCUAGUAAGAUUUUAAUAUAUAUUAAUAUUAAUUAAUAGUAAGAGAGCCUUGUUCGAUUCGCGUCUGUUUUGUCGCUUUUUAUACCGCGCUGUUGAUGAUUGUAAUUCUUUGCCUUAAUAAAUAUUUGUUACUCAAAAUGACAAUUUGAAGACGUUGAUUGUUAAGGAACCCACCAAAUUUACGGUGAUCUUGUCACUGCCUUGUAUCCAAAAUUGUUUUAAAUGGGGGAGCGAACUCACUGUAUCGUCGCUACUAGCGUGAUUUAUCACAGAGCCGUUGGCUUGUCACUUCACCCAUUAUGGUCAUGAGCUGUAGCACCGUAUAUGUUAGUUCCUUCCCCUGUUCCCGUGUGUUCAUAUAUAUUCUUCCUCAAAAUUACACUUGCCCUAGUGUAUGUGAUCAAUGCAAGUACAUGAGCACAAGUUUGCAUUUAUUUACCAGCAGCAUUUUGCUGUUCACGACAUAUUUAUAAUCAAAAACUCAAUUACGUACCUAAUCCUAGAAUGUAGAUUGGAUUUUGUAUCAUUGAGCUAUUACGGUCAAAUUUAAUUCAGUGUAGAAAAUUUCUUAUUAUGUAGAUAGUUUAUUUGACCAUGUGUAUAACGCUAGAUUUAAAUUUGUAACGAAACAAAUCAGUUGAACUUAUAAAUCGCUUCCGGGCUGAAAUGUUAUCGAAUGUACUAAGCAGCUUUAUUCUAGCAGUAAAUAAAUAUGUAAUCCGUUGAAUGGAUAAUACUGGUAGAUUGUAAUUGUUGUGUGACCGUCAUGUUAUGUACGUAUGUGUACCUCACUGUCUAGAAACGGUAUACAUUUUGUAACUGACAUCUAACGUGUGUGGUAUUUACUCUCUUAUAUUGCUAGAGACUAUAUAUUAUAAAACACUAAUUAUUAUGAUUUAUCUGGCCAUACUGGUCAGGUGAGGUCACGCAUAUUUUCUAAUCUAUGACAGUGUGGUACAUGAUGUACAAAAAGACGUAAAAUUUAGCCCUCUGACGCGGACACUAUUAGCGUCCUAAUUUCUCACAGUCUCGGAGUUGACGCACUAGUAAAUUCGUACUUAUCAAACAUUCGAAGUAGCAAGGCAGCGCAGCGCAACUGACAUUGUCGCACUAAUAUAGAAAAGUGAUAGAGAGAGAUGACUACGCUACGCUACGGAGCGUUAACGAUUAGAAUGUUGGCUACGCGGGUUGAUAUCACAACAUAAGACUCGCUAAUUAAGAACGUAUAUACAGAGGACUACAUUUUACGUCUUAUGAAAUUUGUAAUGCUGAGCAUGUUUCAUAAAAGGUUUGAUUUAAUGACUUAGAUGUUAGGUUGCGUUUACUGUAACUAUAAUUGAACUAAAAUCAUGACAAUUCGAAUUUUUUGUAUUUCAAUUGAUGACAAACUGACCUCGUGCAUUCACGAUAAUAAUUUACAGUUUAGUUGUGCAUUAAGUAACGGUAAUUUAUUUAGAAACGAUGAAUAUUUUUUUAUGUUGCAUAGAAAAUAAAUUUUAAGAAAUUA